AGAUUUUAUACGAUGCACGGAAAAACGACGGACGGGAAAAACGACUGAUGGCUAUCCAUCUCGCUGAUAUUUUGCUAAAAGCCUAAAUCCACCCGCGCUUCCAAUGAAGAAGUGAUGCAAUCAUGCUCUCUGCCAUAGUGGGCUUUGCCCGUUUGAGCUAAAAUGCGCAUGACGAGCACACGCCCUUAACGUACGCACAUGGGAUUGAAGAUUCAUCCUAUCGUCGGAGACAGGAGAAGAAGAAGUAGAAUAGUUGCAGCGAGGAUGAGCUCCGAACUGGAUCCUGAUCGACUCCGUCUCAUCGAUGAAUCGCUGACCACUCGCUACCCGUCGUGGAUUCGGGACGCCCUCGAUGAUGUGCCCGAGAAUUUCCUGAUCACCGAUCCGUGCAUUUCUGGCCAUCCGAUCGUCUUUGCCAGCAGCGGGUUCUUGAAGAUGUCCGGGUACUCAAGGGAAGAGAUCGUGGGCCGCAACGGGCGGAUAUUUCAGGGGCCCGGCACCGACCGGCGAUCCGUUUCACAGAUUCGGGAGGCAAUCCGACAGGAGCGGACGCUGCAGAUCAGCUUGUUGAAUUACAGGAAGGAUGGGACGCCGAUUUGGGUGCUUUUCCAUUUGUGUCCCAUUUUUGGGAAGGAAGAUGGCCGGGUUAUCCAUUUUGUCGCGGUUCAAGUCCCUAUUUGCAGAAGAUCGUGGGGUCCUGGGUCUGGGUUCCAGAGGAAUCGAGUUGAGGAUUAUUCGACCGGGCGGGAGAUUUUUUUCGGGUCUUGUCGGAGGGAGUUUGGUUUGGAUCCUGUGGGGGAACUGGGCCGCGUUCUGCCCUUUGAUUCAUAUUUUGAUUCGGAUAAUAGAGGCCUGGAAGCUGAAGAGUCGUGUGAAGCAAGUGAUCUGGAGAAACAUAAAGCUGCCACAGCUAUUAGCAGCAUCUUAUCUGCACUGACUCACGAUAGUGAACAAACAGGCAGAGUGGUCUGUGGAAAAAGAUGCAGCUCAGUCAGAAUUUUUCCUCUUGGAUCAUCCUUAAACAUAUCUCUUGGUAGAAUCAAACAAAGCUUUGUAUUGACUGAUCCCAACUUACAUGACAUGCCCAUUGUUUACGCAAGUGAUGCUUUUCUAAAUAUGACAGGCUUCUCUAGACAUGAAGUGUUGGGACGCAAUUGUAGAUUUUUACAAGGGCCCGGCACAGAUGUUGAAGCGUUAUGUCAGAUAAGGGAAAGCAUCCAAUCUUCGCGAGCUUGUACAGUGCGUAUUUUGAAUUACAGGAAAGAUGAAAGCUCCUUCUGGAAUUUCCUUCACAUUUCACCUGUUCGGAAUGCAUCUGGCCAGAUAGCGUUCUACGUUGGAGUUCAGAUAGAUGAGGACUCGAUGAACGUCAGUGAAGGAGGAUUGAGCCCGGAAAUGAGGCAGCUUGGUGCUGUGGGUGCAGUUAAGGUUGCGGUCAGGAGCUUGUCAGUGGGCGUUGGCUCAUCAAAAUCAUCAUAGGACUCCUCAUCUAUACUGUUACAGGGGUACUUCCAUUAUUUGCCUGUAAAGUGUGCUUUUGCUUAUCUGUUUUAUAUGUAUUUCCUCAUCUUUAGACGAAAAUCACCCUUCAACUGGGCUAAUGACUUGAUAGUUCAUCAAUAUUUUCCGAAUGGCGGUGACUCAUCCGCCAUACAUGUGGCACUUGUGUAUGGAGUAUCCAAAUCAUGUGUACUGUUGAGGAUGGAACAUAUGCUUGAAGUUCGCACUGAUUGGACAUCUCAGCCAUCCAAUUGAUGGCUAUUAAUUGGGCAGGGAAAAAACUGAUCUAUGUGAUUUUCAGAUAUGCUCCAUCCACACUCGCUGGACUGAUAUGUUUUUUUUUUUUUCAUGUCACAUGUAUGCAUGUAUCGUGGAUGAAUCACCACCAUUUUGGCUAUAAUGGCAGUAUAACACUCUUCGAUUAUACUAGUUCAUCUCUUUGCUGUAAUUCUUGUCAUUUACGGAUGGACGGUUUCAAUCAGAUGUUGAAACUGCUAUUUAUUAAUUUGGUACAAUAUCCACAGUUUCAUUUUC